CCAAGACUGCUGUAUCCAAUAUGGACACUGAUUUGGUUAUUCUACCAUUUGUUGUGGUUCAUUCUGGUACCUUAUUUUAUUUAUGGAGUUGAUGGGUCAUCAGAAAAUUCUAAGUAUUUGAUAUACUUUACUAACUGGGGAUACAUGAUCCUCGGGUUUUCUAAUCUGAUGGACGCCAUAUCAACUGUUUAUGUUCAUUAUAAAAGACCAGAGCUUAUAAACAAAGAAUGUAGAUUUAAAGAUGAUAGACUGCCUUGGUAUAUACGGUUAAGCUGGUUUCUUUUCGAGACUAGUAACACAAUCGCUAUAACAGUUACCAUAGGACUUUACAGCAUUCACAUACCAACCAACGAUGCUCCAAGUAUUGAGUUCCAUGCAAUUAAUACUGUUUAUGUAGUACUCAACCUAUUUGUAAGUGCCAAACCAGUACGAGUACUUCACUUGAUAUAUCCAAUGUCUUUUGCUGGAAUUUACAUAUUAUUUACAGUCGUGUAUCAGCCAAUGGCAAACAAUGCUGCAAUAUAUUCAGAAUUAGACUGGAGCGAAGAAAGUCAAUCUAUUGCAGCACUAUUUGUUACUGGCGUAAUUAUAGUACCUCUGAUACAUGUAUUACUGUAUGCAUUUUAUGUUACGAAAACUAUAAUUCAUAUGAAGAUCUGCAGAAAAAGAAAAGUAAAAAACAUGUACAACCUAGACAUUGGAAGUGAAAUCUCAGACAAACCUACUGAAUCAUAUGACGAUGAAAGUAUCGGUAAUGAAACCAACAUAUCAAUAGUAUCUGAUGGUAUCGCUGAAACAAAUACCGAAAUUAAUAGUGAAGACCGCAGUAACAGUGUACUAAAAUCUGAAAUUGGCGGAGAGAAAGAAAUCUCAGAAGAGAAAAGAGUCUCAGAACUAAAUUCUCAUCACGCUGAUCAAGAGUUUAAUAAGGGCGAAGAAAAAAACAAAUUUUUCAUUUGUGAUAUAGACUACGAGAAGGUGCAUCCAUGGACGAUAAAUUGGAAAUUAGGAAUAGUAGCUAAACGAUAAAUAUCAGGGGUAUAUGUUUAUCAUUGCAAACAUAAUAUCACAAUUACGAUCUAAAUAUUUUUAGUAAUAUUUACUUGUAUGUUUGUCAUUUUGUGUUUUUGUGGGAUUUUUGUUUUUUUGUGUGUCUUGCGGAAGUAGGUUUUUUUUUGUAUUUAAAGUUGUCUAUAUUGUUUCACACAUUUUUACCACCCAAUAACCACGUGCUUACAUUUACUAACUAUAAGUAAUAUGGCGAGAAUACUGACCAUAGCGAGAAAAAUAUAAUGCAAUACGUAUAUGUCUAACUAAUAACGUGGUACUUACUUUAUCGAUGUAAGAGUACCUUCUAAUUUCCAGAGAACAAAUAAAGAGAAACCAACAGCAUUAUGGUAUCUAAUAAAUUAGAAAUUUCAUGAAGGUUUUCAGAAAUUAUACAACAAAUGACAAGAUUAAUGCCUUAUAUAAAAAUAUUGUUUCCGGAUUUUGCCGAUUAAAUCCUGUCUUGUGAUAAAUAUAAGAUCAUGUGGUCACUAGCAAUUUUGGUCUCUUGGUUAAAAAUGGUACACUAAACAUAAAUUAUAACGUAAAUUGCAUAUUCUCCUUUGAUGUUUUAAUGGAAUAAUUUGCUUAAAAAGUGUGUUGAGGGAAAACCAUGGUAUAUUAUCUGCAGUUUGAUGUUGUACCAUGCUUUGCUGAUUAAAUAUGCAAUUCAACUAGAAUCCAAAGGAAAGAAGGCGGAGCUAAGCUAUGGUACAACAUAUUCAUUUUCAUGUUAUUCCAUGAAGCUCCACCCUUUUUUGAAAGGUAUCUGCCUGUGAAAUAUUUAGGAAACUGAAAAACGAAAAAGUUAAAGAUCUUCGUUUGUUUCAGUUUAUAACAAAAAGCAAUACAUCAUGUGUACAACGUCUUAAGAAACCUUUU